UUUGCCAUUCAUUUUGUAUUGUGAAAUUUAUAUUAUGUCGACGACCUAAUUCAGUGAUAAAUGGAAUUUUUCAGACGAUAAAUUUAAUUUCAAUCUGCAGAAAUUAUCAAUCUCGAUACCAUAAGAUUGGUGUAUUCUGUUAUCAUUAAAUUAACGUUAACACAAACUGAAGAUCAGUGUGAAGACGAAAAAGAAAGCAAAGUUUUGACCGAAAAAAGACAAGAAAAAUGGAAAAUUUCCUUUGUGGUGGAUAUGUUUUCAAUUCAAAUUUCGAUUCAGGAAAUCUAGCGAAAGUGGAACUCGUCAAUUUGUAUGAAGACAUUAUCCCCACCGAAAACUUCACCUGCGCCGAAAUUAAUAUCUGGACAAAGCCAGAUUGUGCUGGCACAGAAUAUGAAAAUCCCAAUCGAUCAUGGUUCAUGUUCAGCAUUCAUGGCGGCAAAUCGUUUCAAGUGUGCAAACUGAACGUUGUCAAUCUCAACAAACAGGCAAAAUUGUUCGGCCAAGGAAUGCAUCCGGUCAUGAAGAUCGGAACCAACGGCAAAUGGGAACGAAUGAAAGAUAAUCCAACCUAUGUGAGUGACGAGGAUAACUUCACGCUGUCGUUUUACCAUAAGCCAAUGGGUAAUACGUCUGUGCCAAUUUACUACGCGUUUACGUUUCCAUUUACUUACACCGAAUGCCAAAAUCAAUUGGAUCAUUUUCAAUCGAUGUACGGCAAAACUGACAAAGAAAUCGAUUCGUUGUUGGAUCGGCUUUUCGAAGCCGAAAACAAGAAAGAUGAGCCAACCACUACGAGUCAAAUCGUACAAGAAAUGGAUAAUUUGAUACAGUCGCUGCAUCCGGACCGAAUGGACGAAUCGAAUCAAAAAGAGAACAAAUUGGCCAAAAUGGCACCGGCGGAAAUUUACAAUCAAAUCUAUUUCCAUCGUGAAUUGCUGAUCAGGUCCGUGGAAGGACGAAAUGUCGAUCUGGUUACGAUCACAUCAUUUCAUGGAAUACAAUCAAAGACAGAGGAUCGACUGAGCAAUUUAUUUCCCGAUUUGAAUACGCGACGUAGCCACAUUUUCAAAGACAAAAAAAUCAUAUUCAUAUCGUCACGCGUUCAUCCUGGGGAAACGCCAUCCAGUUUCGUUUUGAAUGGAUUUUUGAAAUUGAUUCUGGAUAGACGGAGUGUGGUCGCUGCAACAUUGAGAAAGUUGUACGUGUUCAAGAUUGUCCCGUUUCUCAAUCCGGAUGGAGUUCACAACGGCUGCUAUCGUUCGGAUACGUUCGGUCAAAAUUUGAACAGGGUUUACCUGUUACCAAAACUUGAAACACAGCCGUCAAUAUUUGCCGUACGGAAGUUGAUUAGGUACUACCACUUCGAUAAGGACCUUCACGACGAUCAAGAGAACGAGCCGACGGUCCACACUUCCGAUUCAUCGUCCGACGAAAACGUACCGAUAAACAAUCUGAGACAACAGUCGCAGUCAACGGAAGAAUCACCGUGCUGCAGUACCGAUUCGUCGCGGAGUCAAUCGCGAGAACUGGAUCUGUUCGAUGCGAAGCCGUUAAUUGAAUUACCAAAGUGUGAUAGGGAUGAUGCAAAAGUCAAACCACCGAUGCAAGAGCGAAAAGUUGGAAAAGUGUUCCUGGACGAAUUGAUAACGGAAAUUAAGCCGAUCAUCAUCACCAAUCCAUCUGUGUUCAAAAAGCCGUUCAAGUUGAAAAAGCGCACCGAAUCGCUGAAAGCUGAUCCGGUGCCAGGUGAUCAAUCGGCUGUUAAAAGCUCCGCAUUGAAACAGUCGGUCAACAAGAAUGUGACGAUACGGAACGUGCGUUCGCCGCGUUUGCUGUGUGCACCGUUUCAAAUGGCCAAAAAGAAACCGAUGCUGGAGGAGAAGAAUUUAGAUUUUAGCGCUGAGUUUACCCAGAAACUGGGCGAAAAAUCAAUGACUGAGAAAAGCAACAUGUUUCUGUACAUCGACUUGCAUGGACAUGCAUCCAAGAAGGGCAUUUUUAUGUACGGAAAUCAUCUGACCAGCGCCGCCGAAGCAGUUGAAUGUAUGCUACUACCAAGACUGAUGAGUAUGAAUUGCAGUCAUUUUCAUUUUGAUGCCUGCGUCUUCUCCGAACGGAAUAUGUAUCUCAAGGGGAAACGGGAUGGACUGUCGAAGGAAGGAUCUGGCCGUGUGGCGGUAUUCAAAACAAUCGGUCUGAUAAAGAGCUAUACUCUGGAGAGUAACUACAAUACUGGUCGGUAUGUGAACGUUUUGCCGCCCAUAGGAAAAAAUUCUUCGGCUCGCAAUAAGAGUUUGAUCGUGCCAAAGUACACGCCAGCGAUUUUCGAAGACGUCGGAAGAGCACUCGGUCCAUCGAUCUUGGAUUUAACAAAUUCCAAUCCGUUGUCACGACUGCCAAAUUCAGAAUUCAAGAAUCUUCAAGGUCUCCGUAAUUCGUUGCGGGGCGAUAUUGACAAGUCGAUGACACGGGCCUGUCUUACUACCAGUAAAGCUUUAACGACAAAAACAAAACGCAUGAAAAAUCCCUCUAUGUGCUCGUCAAUGCCAUUGGAAAUCUCCAAAGAGAACAAAGUCAAAGUCUCUGUGAACAAGCAGCAAGUGACCACAACGUACGGCAAAAAGGAAGGCACCAAUCGCAAAAAGGGUAAAGUACUUUGCGAUGUAUUAACAUCAGCAUCGGUGCCAACAAAGCGACCGAAAGUCUUAUCAUCAGUUGCACCCAUUGAAUCGUCAUCAUCCACCAUCGACGUACCGAAAAAGUGUAAGGAAAUUGACGAGAGUAUCGAAUCCGCUAUUGAUGCCGUUGAUUUGCCACUGUUUUAUGCUGUCGAGUCAUCGAUGCUGGGCGAUAUCACGAAGCAAACGACCAAAGAUCUCGAUCCAGAUCUGAACAGUCCGUGUUGCUCGUCGCACAUACUGACAUCGCGUAUUCCUACGACUAGCGCUAGUGCUAUAUUGGUGCCGGUUGGCAUCCAGAAACCGAAGAAAACUGGCAAUUUUGCUGGCAUGUCAUCUACGUCGUCGAGCAGUUCGUUGAAUGUCAAGAAAACGUCGUCGGGUGUUGUAAGACGAUCGAAAUUUUCCAACGACAAUCUGCUCAAAUCGUUGAGACGCGGAAAGAAAACUCUGAGCAAAGACAAUUUGCGGCUGAAGAAGAAGAAAAUGCUCAAAUCCGACACCAAUUUGAAGCGGAAGAAAUCGAGAGUAUUUUAAAAUCGGGGAAAUUGCAACCGAAUUGAACGGAACACGAGAAAUAAAUGUGAUUUAAAAGAGAAAAUUCUUAUCAAAGAUGGAUUUAUAAAUUAGAAAAUUAAUUUUUUUGUUCGCUUUUGUGUUAUUUUGAAAUUUUUAGUUUAUCUUCUGUUGAUUCUCAAAUAAAAAUUGUUGUGAUUGAAAUUAUAAA